UCAAGUUGUUAUCUGACAGCCUGUUACUUGCUACUAGAAAAAAGCCGGAGUUGUCCUGAACCCCGGGACUCCAUUGAGUACCAUAGAGUAUGUUCUUGAUGUGGUUGAUUUGGUAUUGAUUAUGUCUGUAAAUCCCGGGUUUGGUGGGCAAAGCUUCAUAGAAAGCCAAGUAAAGAAAAUAGUGGAGUUGAGAAGAUUGUGCGCUGAGAAGGGAGUGAACCCAUGGAUUGAGGUAGAUGGUGGAGUUGGUCCGAGUAAUGCAUACAAGGUAAUUGAGGCCGGAGCCAAUGCGUUGGUUGCUGGCUCUGCUGUUUUCGGAGCUCCUGAUUAUGCUGAAGCUAUCAAAGGGAUCAAAACCAGCAAAAGGCCUGUAGCAGUUGCAGCAUAAACUUUGCAUUCCGGAUUUUUAUUUUAGGUUCCACACUCUCUAUUUCUGAGUAGUCUCCUUACUAAUGCUAAAUGUAGGU